AUGCAGACAGCCCAGAGCUCCUGCCCCGGCAGCCCCCCAGACACUGAGGAUGGCUGGGAGUCAGUCCUAAUCAGGGGAGAGGUCAACUUUGGAGGGUCUGGGAAGAAGCGAGGCAAGUUUGUGAAGGUGCCAAGCAGUGUGGCCCCCUCCAUGCUCUUUGAACUCCUGCUCACUGAGUGGCACCUGCCAGCCCCCAACCUAGUGGUAUCUCUGGUGGGUGAGGAACGGCCUUUUGCUAUGAAGUCCUGGCUUCGGGAUGUCCUGCGCAAGGGGCUGGUGAAAGCGGCUCAGAGCACAGGUGCCUGGAUCCUGACCAGUGCCCUCCAUGUGGGCCUGGCCCGCCAUGUUGGACAAGCUGUACGUGAUCACUCUCUGGCUAGCACGUCCACCAAGGUCCGUGUGGUGGCCAUCGGAAUGGCCUCUCUGGAUCGAAUCCUUCACCGUCAACUUCUAGAUGGUGUCCAGGAGGAUACUCCCAUCCACUACCCAGCAGAUGAGGGCAGCAUUCAGGGACCCCUCUGCCCCCUGGACAGCAAUCUUUCCCACUUCAUCCUUGUGGAGCCAGGCACCCUUGGGAGUGCGAAUGACGGAUUGGCAGAGCUGCAGCUGAGCCUGGAGAAGCACAUCUCUCAGCAGAGGACAGGUUAUGGGGGCACCAGCAGCAUCCAGAUACCUGUCCUUUGCCUGCUGGUUAAUGGUGACCCCAGCACCCUAAAGAGGAUUUCCAGGGCAGUGGAGCAGGCUGCCCCAUGGCUGAUCCUGGCAGGUUCUGGAGGCAUUGCUGAUGUACUCGCUGCCCUGGUGAGCCAGCCUCAUCUCCUGGUGCCCCAGGUGGCUGAGAAGCAGUUCAGAGAGAAAUUCCCCAGCGAGUGUUUCUCUUGGGAAGCCAUUGUACACUGGACAGAGCUGCUACAGAACAUUGCUGCGCACCCCCACCUACUCACAGUGUACGACUUUGAGCAGGAGGGUUCUGAGGACCUGGACACCGUCAUCCUCAAGGCACUUGUGAAAGCCUGCAAGAGCCACAGCCAAGAAGCUCAAGACUACCUAGAUGAGCUCAAGUUAGCAGUGGCCUGGGAUCGCGUGGACAUUGCCAAGAGUGAAAUCUUCAAUGGGGAUGUGGAAUGGAAGUCCUGUGACUUGGAAGAGGUGAUGACAGAUGCCCUAGUGAGCAACAAGCCUGACUUCGUACGCCUCUUUGUGGACAGCGGUGCUGACAUGGCUGAGUUCUUGACCUAUGGGCGGCUGCAGCAACUUUACCACUCUGUGUCCCCCAAGAGCCUCCUCUUUGAACUGCUGCAGCGUAAGCAUGAGGAGGGGCGGUUGACACUGGCUGGCCUGGGUGCCCAGCAGGCCCGGGAGCUGCCCAUUGGUCUGCCUGCCUUCUCACUCCACGAGGUCUCCCGUGUACUCAAAGAUUUCCUGCAUGACGCCUGCCGUGGCUUCUACCAGGAUGGGCGCAGGAUGGAGGAGAGGGGGCCACCCAAGCGGCCCGCAGGCCAGAAAUGGCUGCCAGACCUCAGUCGGAAGAGUGAAGACCCUUGGAGGGACCUGUUCCUCUGGGCUGUGCUGCAGAAUCGUUAUGAGAUGGCCACAUACUUCUGGGCCAUGGGCCGGGAGGGUGUGGCUGCUGCUCUGGCUGCCUGCAAGAUCAUAAAGGAAAUGUCCCACCUGGAGAAAGAGGCAGAGGUGGCCCGCACCAUGCGUGAGGCCAAGUAUGAGCAGCUGGCCCUGGAUCUUUUCUCAGAGUGCUACAGCAACAGUGAGGACCGUGCCUUUGCCCUGCUGGUGCGCAGGAACCACAGCUGGAGCAGGACCACGUGCCUGCACCUGGCCACUGAAGCUGAUGCCAAGGCCUUCUUUGCCCAUGAUGGUGUGCAAGCAUUCCUGACCAAGAUCUGGUGGGGAGACAUGGCCACAGGCACACCCAUCCUACGGCUUCUGGGUGCCUUCACCUGCCCAGCCCUCAUCUACACAAACCUCAUCUCUUUCAGUGAGGAUGCCCCGCAGAGGAUUGACCUGGAAGAUUUGCAGGAGCCAGACAGCAUGGAUAUGGAAAAGAGCUUCCUAUGCAGCCAGGGUGGCCAAUUGGGGAAGCUAACAGAGGCACCAAGGGCUCCAGGCGAUCUAGGCCCACAAGCUGCCUUCCUGCUCACACGGUGGAGGAAGUUCUGGGGCGCUCCCGUGACUGUGUUCCUGGGGAAUGUGGUCAUGUACUUCGCAUUCCUCUUCCUGUUCACCUAUGUCCUGCUGGUGGAUUUCAGGCCACCACCCCAGGGGCCAUCUGGGUCUGAGGUUACCCUCUAUUUCUGGGUGUUCACACUGGUGCUGGAGGAAAUCCGACAGGGCUUCUUUACAGAUGAGGACACACACUUGGUGAAGAAGUUCACUCUGUACGUGGAAGACAACUGGAACAAGUGUGACAUGGUGGCCAUCUUCCUGUUCAUUGUUGGUGUCACCUGUAGAAUGGUGCCCUCGGUGUUUGAGGCUGGCCGGACCGUUCUGGCCAUUGACUUCAUGGUGUUCACACUUCGGCUCAUCCACAUCUUUGCUAUUCACAAGCAGUUGGGUCCUAAGAUCAUCAUUGUAGAGCGGAUGAUGAAGGAUGUCUUCUUCUUCCUCUUCUUUCUGAGCGUGUGGCUUGUGGCCUAUGGUGUGACCACUCAGGCCCUGCUGCACCCCCAUGAUGGCCGCCUGGAAUGGAUUUUCCGCCGUGUACUGUACAGGCCUUACCUGCAGAUAUUUGGGCAAAUCCCUCUGGAUGAAAUUGAUGAGGCCCGUGUGAACUGUUCUCUUCACCCUCUGAUGCUGGAGAGCUCAGCUUCCUGCCCUAAUCUCUAUGCCAACUGGCUGGUUAUCCUCCUACUGGUUACCUUCCUGCUCGUCACUAAUGUGUUACUUAUGAACCUUCUGAUCGCCAUGUUCAGCUACACAUUUCAGGUGGUGCAGGGCAAUGCAGAUAUGUUCUGGAAGUUUCAACGCUAUCACCUCAUCGUUGAAUACCAUGGACGACCAGCUCUGGCCCCGCCCUUCAUCCUGCUCAGCCACCUGAGCUUGGUGCUCAAGCAGGUCUUCAGGAAGGAAGCCCAGCACAAACGGCAACACCUGGAGAGAGACUUACCUGACCCCUUGGACCAGAAGAUCAUUACCUGGGAAACGGUUCAAAAGGAGAACUUCCUGAGUACCAUGGAGAAACGGAGGAGGGACAGCGAGGGGGAGGUGCUGAGGAAAACAGCAUACAGAGUGGACUUGAUUGCCAAAUACAUCGUGGGGCUGAGAGAGCAAGAAAAGAGGAUCAAGUGUCUGGAGUCACAGGCCAACUACUGUAUGCUCCUCUUGUCCUCCAUGACUGAUACACUGGCUCCAGGAAGCACCUACUCAAGCUCUCAGAACUGUGGUCACAGGAGUCAGCCAGCCUCUGCUAGAGACAGGGAGUACCUAGAGGCUGGUAUGCCACCCUCAGACACCUGA